UUAUUUUAUUUCGCGGUGGAAAUAUUGUCGUUUGUUGUGAAUUGUGAUUAAAUCAAUUUUAGUGAGGACAUGGCAGGUUUUACUGAAAAUGCUUUAGUUCGUAAACUUCAAGACCUGAAUUCAAGUCAACAAAGUAUCCAAACGUUGUCUUUAUGGUUAAUUCACCAUCGCAAACACCACGCUGCCAUAGUUAAAACUUGGUUUAAAGAAUUGUUAAAAGCAAAAGACAGUAAACAGCUCACUUUUAUGUACCUUGCAAAUGACGUGAUACAAAACAGUAAAAAGAAGGGUCCAGAAUAUGGCAAAGAAUUUGGUGAGGUGCUCGUGCCAACUUUCCAGCACAUGGCCAAAACAGGUAUUAAUGCAAAAACCAAGCAAUCAUUGCAUAGGAUAUUGUCCAUUUGGCAAGAAAGAGGUGUCUAUGAUGCUGAGAAGAUACAAGAAUUUAAAGAAGCCAUGGAUCCAAACGAUGCAAUACCAAAUCAAGGGACAAAACGUAAAACAGAUGUAAAGGAAGAAGUAAAAGAGACUGAGAAGAAGCCAAAGUUAGAAAAUAAAGAAAAUAGAGAAAGACGGAGAAGUGAAACAAAGGUGGAAAUUGACGGUCAUAUAGAAACACAUGUCACACUCAGUCCAAAGACCCCACCUGGUGAUCCUCCAGAACCUGAAGAGUUAAUAAAGGCUUUAUUAGAGUUAGAAUCAAGUGCAUCAAGUGACGAGGCUGUGAGGGAAAGGAUCGCCUCUCUGCCUCCGGAAGUAUCCGAAGUUCAGUUAUUAUCUAAGUUAGCAGAUAAGGAAGCCGCGCUCAGUCUGAGUACGGUAGUGAACUCCGCUGUGGAACUGCUCGCGGAGUACAACCUGAGGCUGUCCGAGGAGUUGGAGAAGAGAAGGCGGGUGGCGGGCAUGCUGCGGGACUUCGCUCAGGCGCAGAGAGACCUCGCCAAGCAGGCGGAGGCCCGGCUAGAGGAAUAUAAUAUUAAACUGCAGAAAAUAUAUGCAGUGAAAGCUGAAGUGAAAUCCCAUAUAGACAAUUUGCCGGAUGUGUCCAGAUUGCCCGAUGUCACCGGAGGGUUAGCACCGCUGCCCUCAGCGGGGGACCUCUUUAGUAUUUGAGGUUUACUGUACUAUUUAUUUAAUAUAUGUAUAUUUAAUACAAUACUGUGUUUGGGUAUUACAAAUGUGUGGACUUUCGUUUUUUUUUUGUUAUACAGAAAUAAUUCUUUAUUUUUUAACUAUUCUAAGUUAAUCGCUUCUUUAAUGUAGAACAGAUUUAACUUUUUCUUGAAUCUGUUAAGUUUUUUACUACUGAAUUGUCAAUUUUUAGUUAAUCCAAUUAAAUUGUCAUUAAUGAAAAGUUAGGUUAGUUUUAAUUAAAGAAGCGAUACUGAUAGCGUAAAAAUAUGUGCCUCUUAAUGAUAGAAGUAAUGUAAAUGCUGGAAGGAAUUGCAAAGUAAAUAAGAGUUCGUUAAAU